UCACAUCCCCAGAUUUAGAUGUUUGGUCUGAGAUAUUCUUACUAUUCAUUGAAAAGUUGGAGACCAUUAACACAGAGUAUCGUCUAUUUCUUGCAAUCUCUGUUUUACAUAUACCUACUUGUUCCUCCUUUGUUUUAGUUCUUGUUUGCAAACUCUUGCUUUGAAUUACCUUCAUAAAGCAAGCCUGAAGAAAACUAGUAGUAGUCUACUACUAACAUGUCCAUUGAAAUUGGACUCUCAACCCACAUCAUUCUCACUUGUCUCAUCAUCAACGUUGUAGAUAGUACCGAAACACUUGUCAAAAUUGGCGGUGGAGGCGACAGUGGUGGCGAAGAGUACGUCUAUGGAUACAGUAGUCCACCAUUUACAUUCCAAGCCUCGGCAGCACCACUGCUGAUCCCUCCAGUGCCAGUGCCAGCGGCACCACCGCAAGCACUGCCACUGCGGCCUCCGCCUGCUCCACAAAAACCACUCGUUUUUGCGGACCAAAGGCUGGCCGUGGUUUACCCUGUAAUCCAAAAAUUCAAGACCACCAUCAUAUCAGAUCCUCUAGGCAUCAUCAAAACCUGGGUAGGCACAGAUAUAUGCAACUACAAAGGCUUUUACUGUGACAGCCCUCCAGACAACAAGACUGCUAUUGCUCUUGCAUCGGUUGAUUUCAAUGGAUUCCAACUAAACGCCCCUACCCUCGAUGGCUUCCUGGACCAGCUACCAGAUAUCGCUCUCUUCCACGCCAAUUCCAAUAAUUUUGCCGGCUCAAUCCCAACAACCAUUGCUAAGCUUCCAUAUCUUUACGAGCUUGACAUAAGCAACAACAAGUUUUCUGGGUCAUUUCCAAGUGCCAUUCUGGGUAUGAAGGGCCUAUCUUUCUUGGACAUUCGUUUCAAUCUUUUUACUGGGUCAGUUCCAGCUGAACUAUUCAAUCAAAACAUCGAUGUACUCUUCAUCAACAACAACUACUUCACGCAAAAGCUGCCUGAUAACCUAGGCACCAGUCAUGUGCUCCUCUAUCUCGCCAUAGCCAACAACCAAUUCACUGGGUCAAUCCCGCCAAGCAUCUCUAAAGCCUUGUCCACUCUGACCGAAGUUCUGUUGUUGAACAACAAGCUGAGCGGUUGUCUUCCAUAUGAGCUAGGGCUUCUCAAAGAGGCUGUAGUGGUCGACGCCGGCAACAACCAAAUCACUGGGCCAAUACCCUUCUCAUUGGGAUGCUUGGAAAAGGUGGAGGUGCUGAAUUUUGCUGGGAACUUCUUGUAUGGUAUGGUACCAGAGGUCGUCUGUGCGCUUGGAAAUUUGGCGAAUUUGUCGCUAUCUGAUAACUACUUCACGGAGGUUGGGCCAAUUUGCAGGGAAUUGAUCAAGAUAGGAGUACUUGAUGUAAUGAAGAACUGCAUUCCUGAUCUGCCAUUUCAAAGACCACUGGCUGAAUGUGUGGCUUUCUUUGCACGCCCAAGGUAUUAUUGUCCCGACAUGGCCACCUAUGCUUACAUUCCUUGUUGGCUUCCCCCUUUUAGCUUUCCUCUGCCUGCUCCUUCGCCUUAUUCUUGAUCUGAUUAUCAUGAUAAUCAGUAAGUGAUUUGGGUAUUUAUUAUUAUGUUUGUUAGUCUCAAUUCUGCUAGUUGAAUAAAUAUAUAUAUGACAAAUCAUUUGUUCA